GGAGCGAGGUCAGUAACGGAGCGGAGUUGUUGAAGAGCGGAGGAGAGUGCUGCUGCUGUUGGGCCCUCAGCGCUGGGAAGUAUCAAGGGCCGGAUGCGGUUUAUGUGUAUGAACAGGAGAGCACAGAAGACGCGCCAUUAUCUACCAGAGACUCGCAUAGCUAGCCUAUUACCCGGGCGCUGGACGAGUAAAAGAAAAGCGGAAGGAGUCCGGGCCCAAACCCAGAGAACGAUCCGUACAGAGCAGGACACGGCGCGGGGAGAAUGAUAGACCCGCAGGACAGUAGUAUUUUACCUUUGAGUAGCAGUCCCCAGCUUCAGUGCUGCAGGCACCUCAUUCCCGGGCCUCUGUGGUGCUCCUGAUGCCCCUCACCCACUGUUGAAGAUCCCCGGUGGGCGAGGGGACAGCAGGGAUCCCGCACUCCCAGCUGUGAUUUAUAAGGACGAGAAGCUUACAGUCUCUGAGGAUCUCCCGGGGAAUGAUGGGAAGCUCCACCUCAGUCCAUUUCCAAUAUAAGGUCACCGAGGUGAAACAUUCCUCAUGGAAGGCCAUGCUGUCAAAUCAGAGCCUCUUUGUGGAAAUACCCGAGGGCAUCUUAGCUGAUGGGAGCAAAGAGGGGUUGCUGGCUCUACUUGAGUUUGCAGAAGAAAAGAUGAAAGUCAGAUAUGUCUUUAUCUGUUUCAGAAAGAGUCGAGAGGACAGAGGCCCGCUUCUCAAGACGUUCAGUUUCCUGGGUUUUGAGAUCGUGCGCCCCGGGCAUCCCUUUGUUCCUGCACGUCCAGAAGUUCUGUUUAUGGUGUACACGCUGGACGAAAGCUCAUCGGAUGAGGAAUGAUCUACAGAGGACGAAUAGUACUUGUAGCGCAAUUUUUUUUUUUUCUUUUUGUUUUUCUUGUGUGUAUUCAAGUAGCUGUUGAGAGUUUUUCGCACUUUUUACCUGGGCAUGGGAGGACAAGCGCGCAUGUUCAUGCGAUGGACUGAUAUUUUUGGCCUUUCUUUCAGUUUUAUGAAUAAGAUUUUGUUGUUGACUUUUUCUGCAAUUUUGUUCAAAAGCAUCAACUUCAAGCACCUUGCAGUCUGUGAUCACAAACAUGUACUCAGAAUGUAGUUAAAGCUGCAUAUGGAAAAAAUAGUUAUCUUAAAUGCCAA